GGAGAAGAAGGAGAAGAAGGAGAAGAAGAAGACGGAGAAGAUGGAGAAGAAAGAGAAGAAGGAAAAGAAGGAGAAAAAGGAGAAAAAGGAGAAAAAGGACAAGAAACACAAGGAUGAGCAGAAUGAGUCUGCCGCCCCGGCGCAGGUCGAGCAACAAGCAGACGAGGAUGAUCGCAUGAACGACGCGGACACCGAAGACGACGCCGACGCCGAUAAGAAGGCCGCACCCGAUACUCCCGCGAAGCAAGACGGAUCCGAGCAAAAGAAAAAGCCCAAGAAGGAGAAGAAGAAGAAUAAGGAUAAAUCAGGUGUGCAAAGCGCAGCUGGCGCGCCCAAGGCGCAGACCACGCACGAAGGCCCCGUCCUCUCCUAUCUCAGUUUCUACUACCGCCAUCGGGCAGAGUGGAAGUUCCAGAAGAACCGCGAGACGAACCUCUUCAAGCAUGUUUUGGCGCUGGAACACGUGCCCACUGCUUACAACGCUGCGCUGCUGGCUUAUCUCCAGGGGCUGAAGAGCGAGGGGGCCAAGAUGCGUCUGCGCCAGGUUGCCGAGGAUGUCAUCCGGGCGGAGAUGGACAAGGCACAAGCUUCUUCUGAAGGCGACGCGGACAAUGCCGAGGAGGAUGCGGAUAAGCCUUUGUCGAGCUACGACAAAGCUGUGGCGGCUUUCCGGGCGCGUUUGCUGGAGGGGAAGGAGAAUUUGGAUAAGACCGAGUCUCCGGAGCCACUGGAGGGAGAUCUGCUGAAGCAGCUCGAGAAGAGACAGCGGGCAGAACUCAUGGUCUUCGCUUUUGAUGGGAAGCUGUACGAGAAGCCGAAACCCAAAUUGAAGCAGGCGCAGGAUGCCGCUCAGCCUGGCAAGAAGAAGAAGAAGAACAGGACUGUCAUUGUGGAGAUCUCGAGUAGCAGUGAAAGCGAGAGUUCCAGCAGCGACAGCGACAGCGACGACGACAAGCCCACCAAGGCCAAGGCUGCAGCCACAGCCAAGAGCAAGAGCAAGUCGCGACAAGCCCCUAGCUCGUCAGAAUCAAGCAGCGACAGUGACUCGGAUAGCUCAAGUUCGAGCGACUCAUCAUAGACCUGGCCCUCUCGAGAGGGUCUACCUUCAUAUACGCCCUUUCUUUCCUUCAACAGCUGCGCUCGGUCUUAUUUUAUACAUAUUAAGGGCGCAGCGUCAUAUUUUACAGGCUCCGGUGAAAAGUUGAUAUCAUGUCUGGGCAUUGAAAGGCGUUUACAUAGAAGAUGAUGAUAGUUCUAUGCUCCACCGGGUUGAUAGAAGCAUUGAUGAUAAAGUCCAAAGUCACAGUUAAGAUUAUUCACUAUCCUACAAGAUUGAA